AUGACUUACUAUACUAUGGAAACAUGUGGAGAAGGGACGAACUUUCAAAAAGAAAUAUCGAACAUGAUGCACGGAUUUGGAGAUAACCCGAACCCUAACGCUGCAACGGUACUUUUAGUAGAAAAUAUUGUUUUGCAACAGCUUAGGAGUAUCCUACAAGAAGGAAUAUUUAAUUCUAACUUGAGAGGAAGUAAAACAAUCACUAACUACGACAUAAUAUACACAAUGCGUAACAAUACUGUAAAAUUAAAACGUUUGCACGAUUACCAGCAAAAACUGGAUCAAAUCGACAACAAAUCACAAGUAAACGUCACAACAUCAGCCGAAACUAUAUACUCUAAUAUUAUACUAGAAGACGAGAAGGAUCCGACAAUGAAAAAAAAGAGAACACAUAUUGAUGUGAUAAAACUAAUAGACGAAGCUGAUGAAGUGAGUCAGAUAAAAUUCGAUGCGAUCGAUUACUUAAGGAAAGUGCGAGCUUCGAAAUUAACAGAGUCAAUGUCUUUUGAAAAGUAUGAAGCCUAUCAUAAAGCUAGAUGUAGUUCUUUCCGUUGCAAUGGCUAUGGAAUCGGUAAAGGCUUUAUAAAAUUAGAAAGGUGGAUCAAUCCAACCAAGGAACUCAAAAUUAGUCACUCGGCAUUAGAAGUAUUGUGUUUUAUUGCUUACGAAACUGUGGCUGAAAUUGUUGAUGCUGUGUAUUUGAUUCGACAAGAUGCCAAAAGGAAACACGGAGACCCUUUUAGUAAAUAUGAAGGUGGAUAUUUCUGUAAUCCCUUAAGCUUAAGUAAUGCUGUUUAUAUAAAGUCAGGUUAUGAAGGAGUGCCUGCAAUAACAGUGGCUGAAGUGAGAGAGGCAUUGCGUCGUUACUUUUGUCCUAUAAAUGGAAUGAAUGGAUUAUUUUAUAGAAAUAUGCACAUGGACUUACCAGCAAGAUUUAUUGCUUUAUAA